CUGUCAAUCACGCACGAGGGGCGGGGAGAAGGCUCUGGAAGGCGGCCGGACUAAGAUGGCGGCACAGCGCGCGGUGGGGGCGUGGGGCAACGGGGGCUGGGGGGCGGUGGGACGUUGACCCCGCCCCCUGCUGCGGCCUGUCUGCGCCGGGCGGCGGCGGCGGUGGAACCCGGAACAUGGCGGCGGCGCGCAGCUUCGGGCCCGAGCGGGAAGCCGAGCCGGCCAAGGAAGCGCGCGUCGUGGGCUCCGAGCUCGUGGACACUUACACGGUUUACAUCAUCCAGGUCACUGAUGGCAACCAUGAGUGGACAGUAAAGCACCGCUACAGCGACUUCCAUGACCUACAUGAAAAGCUCGUUGCAGAGAGAAAGAUUGAUAAAAAUCUGCUUCCGCCCAAAAAGAUAAUUGGGAAAAACUCCAGAAGCUUGGUGGAGAAGAGGGAAAAGGAUCUGGAGGUCUACCUCCAGAAACUCCUGGCAGCCUUCCCUGGCAUGACCCCCAGAGUGCUGGCCCACUUCUUGCAUUUUCACUUCUAUGAGAUAAAUGGCAUCACCGCAGCAUUGGCCGAAGAGCUCUUUGAGAAAGGAGAACAGCUCCUGGGGGCCGGCGAGGUCUUUGCCAUUGGACCCCUGCAGCUGUAUGCCGUCACGGAGCAGCUGCAGCAGGGAAAGCCAACGUGUGCCAGUGGGGAUGCCAAGACUGACCUUGGGCACAUUCUGGACUUCACCUGUCGCCUUAAGUACCUUAAGGUUUCUGGCACAGAAGGACCUUUUGGGACCAGCAACAUUCAGGAGCAGCUCCUGCCAUUUGACCUAUCAAUAUUCAAGUCCCUGCAUCAGGUGGAGAUAAGUCACUGUGAUGCUAAGCACGUUAGAGGGCUGGUUUCCUCGAAGCCCACCUUAGGCACUCUGAGUGUCCGCUUCUCAGCAACCUCCAUGAAGGAAGUCCUUGUUCCUGAAGCCUCAGAAUUUGAUGAGUGGGAGCCUGAAGGCACGGCCCUAGAAGGCCCUGUGACAGCCGUCAUCCCCACUUGGCAGGCAUUGACCACGCUUGACCUGAGCCACAACAGCAUCUCCGAGAUUGACGAGUCUGUGAAACUGAUCCCAAAGAUUGAGUUCCUGGACCUGAGUCACAAUGGAUUGCUGGUUGUGGACAAUCUGCAGCACCUGUAUAAUCUUGUGCAUCUGGACCUGUCCUACAACAAGCUCUCCUCCAUGGAAGGGCUUCACACCAAGCUGGGGAACAUCAAAACAUUGAACUUGGCAGGCAACCUCCUGGAGAGUCUGAGUGGUCUGCACAAGCUCUACUCACUGGUCACCCUGGAUCUCCGGGACAACAGGGUCGAACAGAUGGAGGAGGUCCGGAGCAUAGGUAGCCUCCCGUGUCUGGAGCACGUGUUUCUGCUGAACAACCCUCUGAGCAUCAUCCCUGACUACCGGACCAAGGUGCUGGCUCAGUUCGGAGAGAGGGCCUCAGAGGUCUGUCUAGAUGACACAGUGACCACAGAGAAGGAGCUGGACACUGUGGAAGUGCUGAAAGCAAUUCAGAAAGCCAAGGAGGUCAAGUCCAAGCUGAGCAACCCAGAGAAGAAGGGUGGCGAGGACUCUCGGCUCUCAGCUGUCCCCUGCGUCAGACCCAGCAGCUCCCCUCCCACCGUGGUUCCCACAUCUGCCUCCCUGCCCCAGCCCAUCCUCUCCAACCAAGGAAUCAUGUUCGUUCAGGAGGAGGCCCUGGCCAGCAGCGUCUCAUCCACCGACAGUCUGACUCCUGAGGACCGGCCCAUUGCCCAGGGAUGUUCUGAUUCCUUGGAGUCCAUUCCUGCGGGACAGGCAGCUUCUGAUGAUUUAAGGGAUGUGCCAGGAGCUGUUGGUGGUACAAGCCCAGAACAUGCCGAGCCAGAGGUCCAGGUGGUGCCCGGAUCUGGCCAGAUCAUCUUUCUGCCCUUCACCUGCAUUGGCUACACGGCCACCAACCAAGACUUCAUCCAGCGCCUGAGUACGCUGAUUCGACAGGCCAUUGAGCGGCAGCUGCCUGCCUGGAUCGAGGCUGCCAACCAGCGGGAGGAGGGCCGGGGCGCGCAGGGUGAGGAGGAGGACGAGGAGGAGGAGGAAGAGGAGGAUGUUGCUGAGAAUCGAUACUUUGAAAUGGGGCCCCCGGACAUGGAGGAGGGGGAGGAAGGAGGCCAGGGGGAGGAAGAGGAGGAAGAAGAGGAGGAUGAAGAGGCUGAGGAGGAGCGCCUGGCUCUGGAGUGGGCCCUGGGCGCGGAUGAGGACUUUCUGCUGGAGCACAUCCGCAUCCUCAAGGUGCUGUGGUGCUUCCUGAUCCACGUGCAGGGCAGCAUCCGCCAGUUCGCCGCUUGCCUUGUGCUCACUGACUUCGGCAUUGCUGUCUUCGAGAUCCCGCACCAGGAAUCUCGGGGCAGCAGCCAGCACAUCCUCUCGUCCCUGCGCUUUGUCUUCUGCUUCCCGCAUGGCGAUCUCACAGAGUUCGGCUUCCUCAUGCCGGAGCUGUGUCUGGUGCUGAAGGUACGGCACAGCGAGAACACACUCUUCAUCAUCUCGGAUGCCGCCAACCUGCACGAGUUCCAUGCAGACCUGCGCUCAUGCUUCGCGCCACAGCACAUGGCCAUGCUGUGUAGUCCCAUCCUCUACGGCAGUCACACCAGCCUGCAGGAGUUCCUGCGCCAGCUGCUCACCUUCUACAAGGUGGCUGGCGGCUGCCAGGAGCGUAGCCAGGGCUGUUUCCCCGUCUACCUGGUCUACAGCGACAAGCGCAUGGUGCAGACGGCCGCCGGGGACUACUCAGGCAACAUCGAGUGGGCCAGUUGCACACUCUGUUCCGCUGUGCGGCGCUCCUGCUGUGCACCCUCUGAGGCUGUCAAGUCUGCUGCCAUCCCCUACUGGCUGCUGCUCACGCCCCAGCAUCUCAAUGUCAUCAAGGCCGACUUCAACCCCAUGCCCAACCGGGGCACCCACAACUGUCGUAACCGCAACAGCUUCAAGCUCAGCCGCGUGCCGCUCUCCACCGUGCUGCUAGACCCCACACGAAGCUGCACCCAGCCUCGGGGUGCCUUUGCUGAUGGCCAUGUGCUGGAGCUGCUGGUGGGGUACCGCUUCGUCACCGCCAUAUUCGUGCUGCCCCAUGAGAAGUUCCACUUCCUGCGCAUCUACAACCAGCUGCGGGCCUCACUGCAGGACCUGAAGACUGUGGUCAUCGCCAAGACCCCUGCGACGAGGGCCAGCCCUCAGGGCCCCUUUGCAGAUGCCCAGCCUGCCGAGCGCAGGGCCAGCAAUAACCAGUGUCCCCAGGAGGCCCCAGCAGAGGCUCUGGCCCCAGCCCCAGUGGAAGUUCCAGCUUCAUCCCCUGCAGCAGCCUCAGCCUCAGGCUCAGAGAAGACUCCAGCUCCAGCAGAGGCCUCAGCUUCAGCUUUGGUCCCAGAGGAGACCACAGUGGAAGCUCCAGCCCCACCCACAGCCGAGGCCCCUGCCCAGUACCCGAGCGAGCACCUCAUCCAGGCCACCUCGGAGGAGAAUCAGAUCCCCUCGCACUUGCCUGCCUGCCCGUCGCUCCGGCACAUCGCCAGCCUGCAGGGCAGCGCCAUCAUCGAGCUCUUCCACAGCAGCAUUGCUGAGGUUGAAAACGAGGAGCUUAGGCACCUCAUGUGGUCCUCGGUGGUGUUCUACCAGACCCCGGGGCUGGAGGUGACCGCCUGUGUGCUGCUCUCCACCAAGGCUGUGUACUUUGUGCUCCAUGAUGGCCUCCGCCGCUACUUCUCGGAGCCACUGCAGGAUUUCUGGCAUCAGAAAAACACUGACUACAACAACAGUCCCUUCCACAUCUCCCAGUGCUUCGUGCUAAAGCUCAGUGACCUGCAGUCCGUCAACGUUGGGCUUUUCGACCAGCAUUUCCGGCUGACGGGUUCCAACCCGGUACAGGUGGUCACAUGCUUGACGCGAGACAGCUACCUGACACACUGCUUCCUUCAGCACCUCAUGGUCGUGCUGUCUUCUCUGGAGCGCACGCCCUCACCAGAGCCUGUUGACAAGGACUUCUACUCCGAGUUUGGGAACAAGACCACAGGGAAGAUGGAGAACUACGAGCUGAUCCACUCAAGUCGUGUCAAGUUCACCUACCCCAGUGAGGAGGAGGUUGGGGACCUGACGUUCAUUGUGGCCCAGAAGAUGAUCGAGCCAGAGAAGGCCCCAGCCCUCAGCAUCCUGCUGUACGUGCAGGCCUUCCAGGUGGGCAUACCACCCCCUGGGUGCUGCAGGGGCCCCCUGCGCCCCAAGACACUCCUGCUCACCAGUUCCAAGAUCUUCCUCCUGGAUGAGGACUGUAUCCACUACCCACUGCCUGAGUUUGCCAAAGAGCCACCGCAGAGAGACAGGUACCGGCUGGAUGAUGGCCGCCGCGUCCGGGACCUGGACCGAGUGCUCAUGGGCUACCAGCCCUACCCACAGGCCCUCACCCUUGUCUUCGAUGAUGUGCAGGGCCAUGACCUCAUGGGCAAUGUCACCCUGGACCACUUUGGGGAGGUGCCAGGUAGCCCAGCUAGAGCCGGCCAGGGCCAUGAAGUCCAGUGGCAGGUGUUUGUCCCCAGUGCUGAGAGCCGAGAGAAGCUCAUUUCAUUGUUGGCUCGCCAGUGGGAGGCCCUGUGUGGCCGUGAGCUGCCUGUUGAGCUCACUGGCUAGCCCCAGGCCACAGCCAGCCCUUGCCACCUGCUGUGUCCAGCCUGAUGCCUACUGAGGCCGGGCAGCAGGCUUUUGUGUUCUCUUAAAAUGUUUUCUCCUCCCUUUUGGUACCUUAAUUUGACUGUCCUCACAGAGAAUGUGACCAUGCGUGUGUGUUGUGUUAAUUCUUUCUCAUGUUGGGAGUGAGAAUGCCAGGCCCUUCCAGGGCUGUCCAUGUGCCAUCAGCCAACCAAGGGUGGCUCGGCCGUGCACACCAGUGUUGUGUCUGUUGUUGUGGGAUCGUUUUAAUGCGUGGCGCUGUGGAUCUUUCUCUUCUACAUGUCCUCUCCUGAAGUGUCAAGUCCAGUCCUUUGUUGCUGUUGCUGUCGUUGUGGGCAUCUUGCUGCUAAUCAUGAGGCUGGUAGCAGAAUGCACAUUGGAAGCUCCCACCCCAGAUUGUGGAGUCUCCCCGGUCCAGACAAGUGGGAGAGCCCGUGGGAGCAGGGGCCAGGAGCUGCCAGCACCAAGCGCUGUUCUUGCUGCCUGCAUUCUCUAUUCCAAUAAAGCAGCUUGACACCA